AUGCUAGUUGUGAAAAGUGACGACCAGGUUCUCAAAAGAAAUGAAGAAAAAACCAGCGAGGAGUUGCAACCCAUUACUGAGAAAAAACGCAACUAUACACACCGCAAAAAGCGAAAUAACUGGGUGGAACGUGAAGAGUUGGCUUUGGCUAGGCAUAUGCCGAUGUUUCUAAAGAUAAACAAUGCGGAAAUCAACAAAGAUGAUUCAACCUAUGGUUACGCACAAUUUUGUAGAAGAUUUCGUAGGAGCAAAGGUUUGUUUAUGCGACUUGUUGGUGAAUUAGAGACGAAUUAUCCUUAUUUUCAAACAACAUGGGAUGAAACAAAUCAAAGAAGUUUCAGUGCGCUACAAAAAUGCACAUCAACAAUACGUCAAUUAGCGAAGGGUUAUAACCCAGACUCGUUAGAUGAGUCUCUGAAUAUGUCAGAAAUAACUUCUCGUGAAGCUCUUGAAAACUUUUGCUACGGUGUUGUUCAAAUGUAUAAGGCUGAAUAUUUACGUCGUCCAACAUCCACUGACAUUAAACUUUUGUAUGAAGCACAUGAAGCUAGACAUGGAUUCCCUGGAAUGUUUGGUAUCAUUGACUGCACACAUUGGAAUUGGAGGAAUUGUCUAACGGAAUUGAGAGGCCAAUACAUGAGGGGUGACCAUCAGUAUCCAUCAAUGAUACUAGAAGCGGACCCCGAUUGCUCAUUUUAUUUGAAUGGUGAACACUACAAACAUGGUUACUAUCUUGCGGAUGGAAUAUAUCCAUCAUGGGUUGUAUUUGUGAAGGCAUAUACCGACAAAAAGAUACGGUUCAAGGCGGCACAAGAAUCAGCAAGAAAUGAUGUAGAACGUGCUUUUGGGGUCCUUAAAGGAUGUUGGGACAUAUUAAAGAUGCCUGCACGAGCUAUGACGGUGAAGAAAACAAAAAAUAUAAUGCACGCUUGUAUUAUACUACAUAAUAUGAUAUUGAAAGAUGAGGGUGCUGCGAUAUCUCAUGUGUAUCAGCCCGAUUCCCCUACCGACGAAGUUAGUGACCAAGAAAUAAUACAUGAAUUGCGUGAUGCUGAAACCCACCACCAACUUCGAUCUGAUCUUAUUGAUUACAUUGAACAUGUCUACAUUCCAACUCUAGAUAAUAACUAG